CGUAAGACAUGUUCCUGGAUCAACAUAUUUUGUUGAUCCUGGAACAACAUUCCUGUUGGAAAAUUUAGUCUUAACCCUAUUCCUACCCCUAAACCUAAUCCUUCCCAUAACUUAUCCCUAAAAUCAGAGGGGAAAUAUAGGUAAAUAACAUUGAUGUAGAAGCACCUAACCCUGGUUGCAAGCCUAAACUUGACACAAACGGUAAACUUGUCCCUCAAAUCUGACUAGUUGAUUUGAAUGUUGUUCCAGGAUCAACAAAGAUGUUGAUCCAGGAACAUGUCAUGGGCUACUUGGUGAAAUCACAUUCACCCUAUUCAUAGAUACCCGGAUGGUCUACUUUUCCGGAUUCGAUUAGAACUACAAACACGAAUAAAAAGUGUUAAAAAACUACAAACAUGACUUAUGUGCGAGAGCGGUUAAAACAAAAGUGUUUGACUGGUUAAUAAUCAGUAACCUGACAAAAAAUAUGUUUAUUUAAUGUUAUCCAUAUUACACUUAAUCUGCGACAGCACUGUGAACUUUUAUAACGAUGCGUUUGGUCAUUAACUUUUAAAUGCAUCAAUUCUCCGCAUGAAAGACCCAUGACUGGAAAAUCAACGUGCGACUAACAUUUCUCCAAAACGGUUCUCACUCUUUGUGGUUGCUUUCAACUUACCUUCAGGGAAAAACACAAUUUCCUAAAUUUAGUUGCACAACAUCUUUGGAUGACAUCACAGUUGGAUACUAUAAUUCAACAACAUAUAUUCCAAGAGGGAAUACGACGAAUGAGGAUGAUGUGAUUGAUUCAGAUUACAUAAAGGGAAUAAGUGGCUACAUGUAUGACUCCUUUUUGAGAAGAUCUGCACUGUUAAGGCAAGACAGCCAAAAUGACAGUCUUGAUGUUUAUCAGACACUAGUUUUCUGUGAGCUGCUAGACCUCGACAAGCCUGGACAGAUGAUUAUCAGAGAUGCUGCUAGAGGCUCCACUACAGAUGAGCUGCAUUACUUUAACAACACGUUUACUUAUACUGUGACUGUAAAUAUUAAACAAGAACUGAUCAAACCGCACCUGGAAGUAUUUAAGCAGGAAUUUGCACAUACCUUUUACCCAGUUUGUAUAACAACUCUCAAGAAUUACCUCAAAAAGAGAGAAGAUCAAAUUAAUAAAAAAAUAACGCCCAAUAUCACACUCACCCAGACAGCAAACUCAGAUUCUGGAGGGUUUCGUGUGAGUUGUUUGGCGACAGGAUUUUACCCUCGUCACAUCAACCUGACCCUGUUCAGAGAUGGACAGCCUGUAUCUGAUCAUGAGAUCACUGGAGGAGAUCUGCUGCCCAAUGGUGACGGGACGUACCAGAUGAGGAAGAGUCUGGAGAUCAGUGCAGACAAACACAAAUACACCUGCUCUGCCACACACCUCAGUCUGGACAAUAAACUGAUCAUUGAUUUAGAAGAUGAACCCUCCAGACUUCACAUAGGAGUUGCUGUCCUGAUGUUGGUAUGUGCGAUAUCUGUGAUUUUGGCAGUUUUUUGGAUGAGGAGGCAAGCAGGAAGACAAAGACUAAUAGAUCCUGACUUAAUGUUGUAGUGUUUUCCUUCAAGUUAAAAUAUGAUCUAUUUGAAUUUCUACAAAAGAACUUUAAAUGGAAUAUAUUUGUGUGUGUUAGUCACUUGCACAUUUUGUAGGGGUGUAAUGAUACACAAAUUUCUUGAUGCGAUACAUAACAAGACAACACUUUUAAUCAAAUUCAACAAAUAUAUAUUUUUUUAUAUCCCUAUAUCUUAUUUACAUAUUACAGAACUGUAAAUGCAGUAGGCCUAGUUGUACAACUGUAAAAAUUGUUGUCAUGUGGGAUGAUUUCAGGUAAGCUAAGCUAUACAUUUUCACACAAGUAGCACAAUUUACCUUGAUUCGCUUUAUAUAUAACAAAAUCUGUUAUGCAUAUAGUGACUUAUAGACACAUUAUACAAAAACAUAAAUUACAACAAUAUUGUCAGCAUCAGCACUGAUCUAAAUACUUUAUUUUGAUCAGUUUAAACCAUGUAUCCAUUAAUACUAUUCUGCAAUUCUGAAUAGGUUUGUUUGUUUAGAUUUUUCUGAACUUAUUUAUUCCUUCUUAUUUGGAAGUAGUGACAUUUAGUCGUAUACCUUCAUUGACUUUUGUCUAAAUGCCGUUGUCUUUGAUGUGUUCACUUUUUUAGCCAACACCUAUUGUAAAAUAAAUGAUAAUAUAGCUGUUUAGAUUGUUUGCAAAUAAAACAUUUACAUCAAAUAUUGCUUA